ACUGCGUGUAUACCAUAUGGUAUUUACACUUAAACAAUAACCAGCACAAGUGUUUAAUACAUGUAUUAAUAAACCGGGAAGUAGAGUAUCAUAUCGCAAUUUAGUUGUGGAUGUGGUCUGAUCAACACAGCCAUUCUUUCUGCUUAUCUAGACAUCGUUUGGAUCCAGGAACUUUGAAGAGUGAAAAUGCGUGAGAUCGUCCACGUACAAGCAGGCCAGUGCGGCAACCAGAUCGGUGCCAAGUUCUGGGAAGUGAUUUCUGAUGAACAUGGAAUCGAUCCUACUGGUUCGUACCAAGGCGACUCUGAUCUCCAACUCGAGCGGAUCAACGUCUACUACAACGAGGCCUCCGGAGGAAAAUAUGUCCCGAGGGCAGUUCUACUCGACCUCGAGCCAGGCACCAUGGACUCAGUCCGGUCAGGUCCCUUUGGUCAGAUCUUCAGACCAGAUAACUUCGUCUUUGGACAGAGCGGAGCAGGGAACAACUGGGCGAAGGGACAUUACACAGAGGGCGCUGAACUGAUUGAUUCAGUAAUGGAUGUUGUUCGAAAGGAGUCAGAAGGGUGCGACUGUCUUCAGGGGUUCCAAUUGACGCAUUCCUUGGGAGGCGGGACUGGUUCUGGAAUGGGAACCCUCCUAAUCACCAAGAUCCGUGAGGAAUAUCCAGACCGGAUCAUGACCACCUUCAGCGUUGUUCCCUCACCAAAGGUGUCGGACACUGUCGUCGAACCUUACAACGCCACAUUGUCCGUCCAUCAGCUUGUCGAGAAUACCGAUGAGACGUUCUGCAUCGACAACGAAGCCCUCUACGAUAUCUGCUUCCGUACACUGAAGCUCACCACACCCACCUAUGGCGACUUGAAUCAUCUUGUCUCUGCAACCAUGAGUGGUGUCACCACCUGCCUCAGGUUCCCUGGUCAGUUGAAUGCAGAUCUGCGUAAGCUAGCGGUCAACAUGGUUCCCUUUCCUCGUCUUCAUUUCUUCAUGCCUGGCUUUGCUCCUCUGACAAGCCGUGGUAGCCAGCAAUAUCGCGCCCUCUCAGUUCCUGAACUGACCCAACAGAUGUUUGAUGCCAAGAACAUGAUGGCCGCCUGUGACCCUCGUCACGGACGCUACCUGACUGUCGCCGCAAUCUUCCGUGGUCGUAUGUCAAUGAAAGAGGUUGACGAACAGAUGCUCAAUAUUCAGAACAAGAACAGCAGUUACUUCGUCGAAUGGAUCCCCAACAACGUGAAGACUGCUGUCUGUGACAUCCCUCCCCGUGGUCUGAAAAUGGCUGCCACCUUCAUCGGCAACAGCACCGCCAUCCAGGAGCUAUUCAAACGCAUUUGUGAGCAGUUCUCCGCCAUGUUCAGACGUAAGGCCUUCCUUCAUUGGUACACUGGUGAGGGUAUGGACGAGAUGGAGUUCACUGAAGCUGAGAGCAACAUGAAUGACUUGGUGUCCGAGUACCAGCAGUACCAGGACGCCACGGCAGAAGAGGAGGAUUUUGAUGAUGAAGAGGAAGAAGAAGCGCAAUAAGGAGCCUUGUCAAUCCAUGGGAUGAUACUUCUUUAUGUAACUUUUCUGAACAGAAUAUUGAUAUCAUUAUGUCGGGUUUGACAGUUAUUCCCAAACCUUUCUUCUGAUUACUCCCUUUAUUUUCUCUCUGUCUGUCAAUGCCUUUCUCUUUCUCUAACUUCUCCUCUCGAUCGCUCUCUCUUUCUCCCCCCCCCUCUCAAUUCUCUCCUUCAUACUCGCCCUUCUUCUACUUCGGUUUCCCGCUGCACUGGUCUUGUGUCCUUUUCUCCUGACUAUGCCCGCAAGCACAACACAUUUUCUGCACUUAGAUAAUCUCUCAAAAUUCGGAUUCUGGUUAUCAAUUUUCAUUGUCGUGAAUGAAUAUUCUUCUUGUCAAGGGAUUGCCUAAAAUUGUUAGUACGGUGAUUCUAUCAUUCUUGGCUGGCUUGCCCUCUAUUUUGGUUCAU